CUGUGUUCCGCCCGGACGGGAUCGUGUGUCGGACAGAUUCCGUUGACAUUGCUGCGGGGGAGGAGGUGGAGGAGCACCGCUGUUACCGAAGCUUCGACCAGUGAAGGAGCCGCAGUUCGGAGGCAGCCCGCUCCCCGGCUCUGAGACCCGGACCCCCGCGGAGUCAUGUACCGGCGGCCGCUGCAGUCCGCCGUCAGGAGCCUGGUGCACGGGGCAGCGACCCGGGCCGCCGGCCGCAAGACUUCAGAUCCAAACGCCUGCUUGGCUCGAGCUUUAGUAACUUUCCAGCUGGCCCGAGUCUCCUCUGCCUGUUUACCUCCAUGUCGGACUCUGCACAUCAGCACACAGCUCUGUAAUGUGAAGGAGACGCCUCAACACACGGAGGAAGAAGUUGGGGCCUUCACAAAGCUCAUUGAGGCCAUCGGCUUCACAGGACCGCUCAAAUACAACAAAUGGAAAAUCAAGAUUGCUGCCUUGCGCAUGUACACAUGUUGUGUAGAGAGAAUCAAUUACGACGACUUCUUUGAAAAGUGCGCCCUCCCUGACACACUCAACUCCUGGUUCUUGGUAGCACAGCUGCAUGUAUGGAUGUGUUUGGUGCGGAUGCGUCAAGAGGGCAGAGCAGGAAAGUACAUGUGCCGUUACAUCGUGCACUCCAUGUGGGAGGAUGUGGAGCAGAGGAGCAAAAUCAUGGGGAUUGAUGCCAUCCACAGAAAGGAAGCAUUGAAGGCGAUGACAGAGACUUUCUAUGCUGCGAUAUUUGGAUACGACGAGGGAAUCCUGUCUGACGACUGCGUGCUGGCUGCUGCUCUGUGGAGGAACCUGUUCAAUCGUCAGUGUGAAGACCCCAAACAGCUGGAGCUCAUGGUGGAGUACGUACGCAAACAGAUGCAGUUCAUCGACGCUCUGGACGGCGAGGACCUGCUCCUGACUGGCGAGGUGAAGUGGCGCCCUCUGGUGGAGGAGAACGCACAGAGCAUCCUGAAGGUGGUUACACCCACGUACAACGACGCUGGACUGUGAGACGAAGAGAGGGACUUCCUGUUUCCUCCACUGACGUCCUCUUCGCCCGCCUGUUUUCACGUGUUGUUUUCCUUUUCCCGCCAUCUCACCCGCCAUCUUUGUUUGUCUCCCGUCCCUGUCCUCCGCUCCUCUGCUGUCCUAUACGGUGGGAUUUUAAAUUUACAUGAGAUCUGUUGCUGUAGCUUUCUCUUCCUCCUUUAUUUUUCUCAUUUCUCCUUGAAUUCACAAAACCUGUUUCUCCCCCUGUUCUUCCUCCUCUCGUGAAUGAUCUGUCCGAUCAGAAGUUAGUUUCAGGAGGAGCAGUAAAAACAGGGUGGAGCUGGAAACAUGUCGUCGUCCUGUCGGUUCUGAGAGCGUCUCUGCAAACAGACGCACUGUAUUUAUAUUUUUCUCAUUUUUUCCAUGAACGCCAGCCGUGCUGUAUUUAUGAAGUAUUUUCUUUACCUCCGUGUUCACACCUUCCUCCCGCAGAGGUGUUGGGCGUCUGUCUCCGCUCCCUCACUGUGCGUUCAGUGAAGUUUCCGGGGAGGUCCGGUGACGACAGAUGGUCAAACGUGUCCGUGUCUCUGUCCGUCUGACUCGACGCUCUCGGAGCCGAACAGGAAGCUGAGCCUCAAACACUCGUACGUCAGUGUCACAGAAACGAGGUUCUUUUGUUUAUUUGAUUUGUUUUUAAAAAGUGGAAAAAAUAAAAUGUUCUGGAUGAAA